AUUUUGAAUUAGAUUUUAUUUUUAUAUUUUUAUAUAAUUUUAGUUAAAUAUUUAGUCAUUUUUGUGUGUUUUUUAUUAGUUUUCUUUUAUUAAAUGUCUAUAUAGUAUUUAUUUUUUAUUUCUUUAGUUUUAGUUAUUCUAGUACUUCAGUUUACUUUAUGAAAAUAAGAAAUAUUGCUUUGGUAACUUGCUGAAAAGAAAUUAUGUACUUUUUAAAAUAUAUUUUAUUUAAAGUAUAACUCAAAUGCUUUUGCUAUUGUUUUAGUUUAUCGUUUCAUUUUUAUUUCAAAUAAUUAACAUUUUUUUAUAGUUUCAGCUGGCAGUAAUACCACUGGCAUGCAUGUCUGCUAAUGUCUGUAUAUAAAUACAUCAGAGAGCGUGUGUAGUAAAGGGUUUAAUGACUUUGCAGUGAUUCCAUUACUUAUCUGUAUUAAUGGCUUUGGCUCAGCUGUAGUGACAAUGACAGCUGUUUGUGCAAACAUCACUCUGAGCACUUUCACGUCUCUCUCUCAUCCUGACCAGAUUGCAGGACGAUUCAGAGCUCAAAACCGGAGCUAAAUAGAGAAAGCCAUCGACGGAAUGAAACAUUAAGAACCUGAAAUAUGUUUCUCCUGAGGCAGAACAUCUCAAAGCAGCACGCGAGCAGUGACGUCGCACCGAGAACCGCUGCACGCAAACCCAACUCUGAUGACUCCAAGAGGCAGAUGCGACGAAAAGCCAGCUUCGUUGAAAAUUUAUCAUCUGUCGAUCGAAUCCGCAAACAUGCGACCAGACAUCUGGGCUACAGCACGCUCAGCCUGGCCAUGCGAGGUCUGGAGGAGAUGCCGGACGAAUUGUGGGAGCUCCAGGAGCUCCAGAAGCUCAACGUCUCCUUGAACGCUCUCUCCGUUCUCCCAUCCAGCUUGGGGAACCUGGAGAACCUGGUGAUCCUCAAUGUGUGGGGGAACGAGCUGCUCAGCCUCCCGCCGGAGAUCGGACGGCUCGGGAAGCUGCGAGUGCUCUUCGCUCACAUGAACCGGCUGAGCGAAGUUCCCGAGGAACUGGGACGCUGCUCCAAUCUGGAGGUCCUGAGUUUGGCCAACAACCAGAUAGGCACGCUUCCCAACAGCCUGUCGGAGCUUCGCCGGCUCACCAAGCUCAACCUCAGCCACAACCACAUCCAACACGUCCCGGCCUGCGUCUACAGUAUGAGGAGCCUGGUCUUCUUGCAUCUGGCCAACAACUGUCUAGAGAACCUGGCCGAUAAGAUCCAGGAGCUGGUGAACCUGAAGAUCCUGAUCGUGGAGCAGAACUCGUUGCACACUCUUCCCAGGACGGUGUGCUGCCUGACGGGGCUGGAGCUGCUCAACGUGGACUUCAACCGGCUGCAGAGCGUUCCUGAUGAGAUCUACAAGCUCCGCAGGCUGGAGAAGCUCGCCUGCCAUCCACUGGACAAAGGCCUGCAUAUCGUCCACAACCCACUGGUCAAGCCCAUUAAAGAGGUUCUGCAGGGAGGUCUAAAGGCACUUUAUAACUACCUCAAACCUGCAUGAAGAUCAUUCGCAAAGAAGAUGCAAAUCGGAUUGAUUUUUGUGAGUCAAAGCAGUGCAAAAAUUACUUUCUUCCUCUGUAUUUUUGUCUUGUUUUCCCAAUUCAAAUACCUAAGCAUUUAAAAAAAAACAAAAAAAAAACAAAACAAAACAUAUUUACUAAUGUUUUCUGAAAAAUGUUGCAAAUUUGUUUAAAACAGGAGGAAUUUUCCCUUUGAAUUGAGUUUAUUUUUCUGACUCCACUGGCAGAUAUUUUUUUUAUUUUAAAUAUAAAUGUGCUUAUUUUGUCACAAAACAAGACUUUGUAUUUUAAGUCAUUUUGCUUCAGUAAACGUAUCUUCAUUUAAAAAUCUUGAGAUAUUUUUAAAAACAAGAGAAAAAAACUGAAGAAAAUCAUUUUUUUGCAGUGUACAGAGUAAAAAGUAUUUUUCAAAGUAAAUAAACACGGAGUCAUUAUGUUCUUUUUUUUUUUACAUUUACACUUUAAAAGAAAUAUAUUUUUGUAGUUUUUUUUAAUUUUUUUUUUUUUUUUUACAGUUAAAUAAAACAAGUAUUACAUUUUAAAAUGAUAAUUGGGGUAUAUGUUUUACAAGAAAAUACUAUUUUAUUCUUUUAACUUCAAAAUUUCAUGUGUAAUUCAGUGUGUUGCCUGCUUUUUCCUUUGUAUUUGUGAAAUUGGUAAUACUUUAUUUCGAUAGUCCACUUUAGACAUACUAACAGUAAGUUACUUUGCAACUACAUGUCAACUAGCAGUCAUUAGAGUAUUAGUAGACUGUCUGCUUAAUAUAUUCUAACACUUUAUUUUGAUGACUCCACAACAUACAACAUAGUGACUAUGAGAAACUUUGCAAGUAUGUCAUCUUAUUCUACUAACCCUAAACCUACCCUACUGAGAGUUAGUAGACAUGCAGUUGCAAAUUAAUGAGAAUUAGUUGCCAUGUAGUUACAAAGUUACUUAUAGUUAGUAGAAUGUCUAAAGUGGACUAUCGAAAUAAAGUGUAACCGUGAAAUUUACUAGCAAUUUCUGAGUGAAAAUUGUUUCAAUAAAAUAGAUGUAGGUGUAGGGGCCAGUUUUUAAUGUUAUUAUUUAAUUUUAUAUUAUUUUCCAUUUUCACCUGAAUUUUAAUUUUCUUUUUUAGGGUAGUUUUUAUUAAUUUGUAUAUUUUUAAGUUCUAUUUAGAUAUUAUUUAACCCACUGGUCAAGCCCAUUAAAGAGGUUCUGCUAGGAGGUCUGAAGGGACUUUAUAACUACCUCAAACCUGCAUUAAGAUCAUUCGCAAAAACGAUGUGAAUCGAACUGUUUGUCAAAGCAGUGCAAAAAUAACUUUCUUCUUCAGUGUUUUUGUCUUGUUUUCCAGUUCAAAUAUCUAAACGUUUUUAAAUAAAGAUAUAGUUACUAAUGGCUCGAGUCUUGUUUUCUGAAAAAUGUUUCGAAUUUGUUUAAACAAGAAUUUUCCCAGUGAAUUAGGUUAAAAAUGACUUUGUUUUUGUCUUAUUUUCCAGUUCACCCAUUGGCAGAUAUUUUUCUUGUUUUGAAUGUAAAUUUGCUUAUUUUUAAACCAUUUGUCAGAAAACAAGAAUUUAUCUUAAGUCGUUUUGCUUGUUCAGUAAAUGCAUCUUAACAAUAAGUAAAUAGUCAUUAUGUGCAUUUUUAACAUUUACACUGUAAAAAUAUAUAUAUUUUGAAGUUAAAUAAAACAAAGAUUAUUACAUUUUACUAGAAAAUGAUAAUUGAGGUAUAGGUUUUACAAGAAAAUACUAUUUUAGUCUUUCAAUUUCAAAAUGUAAUGUGUAGUGCAAUGUGUUGCUUGAUCUCAUUAGACAAUUUAUGAGAUUAAUAGUGCACUUUUACUCAGAACUCACUUCAAACCACCAUCGAGUGUUUGUAAUAAUUUACUUUUGCAAUCACAUGUGGAAUUUGGUCAUUUUCUGUUGUUA